AAACAUGGCCGAAUUUAGGAAAAUAUUUUUGCUCACAAUUUUCAUUGGGAUCUUAACCAGGAUAACAUUCUGUCAAGAAACAAACAGGGAAAUCAGAUUAAGAGGCGGAGGAGCGAACUCGGGUCGGAUCGAGAUGAGAUAUAACGACAGCUUCUGGGCAGUAUGCAUUGAUGGAUUCGAUAUCAAAAUGGCUGACGUUGUCUGUAGACAACUUGGGUUUCGACGCGGUGCUCUUAGGAUGGGCCAAGUAGAUGAUUUCAGCUUCGAAACACUGGACACCUCGCUUGAUACUAUCCUCUUCAGCGCCAGCUGCGUCGGAAAUGAGAACAAUUUCGACGAGUGCAUUGAUGUCACGUGGUCCGAGUGGACAUGCUCUAUGGAUAGACAGGUCGCUCUGUUCUGCGCACUUCCUUACUACGAAGGUUGCUACGAAAGCUCAACUCCUGUAGGGAUAGCGGAUGAUUCCCAAACGCUCCACGGCCUUGUUGGACUCUGCCGAAUCUUCAGAUAUGACUAUGCCGGCUCUUCUAAGACGGUCGGGGACAGUCACCGCUGUGGAAAUAGUUUGUCUGAAUUCGGUACCCUUGUAGAUGAUUCUUUCUGUGCUGAAUUGUGUGGAGAAGAUCCUUACCAGUUGUGUGGGGGAAUAGGAGCCUAUCGCGCCGUUUACUCGACUCUUCUCGGAUCUACUGGUUACACGUUGACCAAUACCAGCGGUUCAAUCACGUCAUAUAAUUACCCAGGCAAGUACGCCGCCAACGACCACCAAGUAUGGGAGGUCACUUUUGGUUCCACGCACCGCGUUCAGAUUACCUUUCCCGCCUUUAACAUCAAUGUUGAUGACGUCAUCACCGUCUCUGCAGGGAGUAAGAAUGAGACAUUCAAUUCAAGGAGAACGUGGAUAUCCGACCCGAUCUCGUCUUUCGUGGUUCGGUUUGAAAGCAGAUCUUCAGGAACCGGGUUUAUUAUGAAUUACGAAGUUUACAUUCCAAACAUGACUACUACUAAAGUACCAGUACCUUCAACACAGCAUGUUGCAACAACAAUGACGCCAAACCAAGCAAUGCGUACUACUGGUUUAGGAAUGACUGAUUCUGCAAGUGUAGUUCCGCCACAAGUUCCACCGGCAGAAACAACAACGACCCAUAGGACAACUACCAGUGAUGAAAAAAGUCCAGAUGUAAGAAUAGUAAAUGGACUCACACCUAGAGAAGGAAGAGUGGAGAUUCGUAUCAAUGGAGUCUGGGGAACGAUCUGUGAUGAAAACCUGAGCUUCAACGACGCCAUUGUGGUAUGUCGCACUCUGGGCUUCACCGGGGCCUUAGGUACCACGUCGUUUUCUGAGUUUGGACCUAGUUUUGGAAACAUUCAUCUUGACAAUAUCCAAUGUGAUGGGACAGAAGCUGACGUCAUGGAAUGUUUGAGGAACAUCCCCCAUCCUCAGCCGCAAUGCUUUUCCAGUUUUCGUGAGGCUGGCGUGAGGUGUUCAAAUUGCCGAGAUGUCCAUCCACUUUGUAUACCGUGGGCUAGUCAAGGAGCUUGCGAGUCUUACCCUGGAGACGUGUGGCCUGUUUGCCAAAGCAGCUGCAACCAAUGUGAUAUAUUUGGUAAAAAUGGUUCGGCCCCUUCUUUGCCUCUGGAAGAUACGUGUGUGCUUGGCCAUUGCUUUGUCGAUGAGAAUAACGCAAGUAUGUGCAUACCAGCUGUUGAAAUUUGCUUUACCGUAGGAUGGUAUCAAGGUUUAAUCUGUUUACCUACGCCAGUCAAGCCUGUUCCUUCAACAGUAAGAUGCAUCAGGAGUCCAGAUGAGCAUACCCAGACCAAUCUUCCUAUACCUAGUUUGAUAGAGGCGUUGUUAACUACGAUAAACGAACUCAAGUACGCGUCGUCUACUUUGGAAAAUGAUACUAUAAUUGCUCUAGAUAGAUUAACAACUCUCCUGACUAGUCUUGGUGAAGUGCGUCUCCUUCCAAUGCAUAUAUACGACCGUCAAAACCAGGCUUCAGUCUUGGUUCUGUAUGGUGUGAACUUGCACCGCAUUGACGACAAUACUUUCAUUGGAUUUCCAAGCCUUCGUACGCUCGUCUUAGCGGAAAACAAUAUUCAAGAACUCCACAAUACAACUUUCACCGUUUACAGCUUUUGCAAAUACUGGAAUUCGGUAAUAACAGCUUAG